AUGAAUUUAAAUGCAGCAUCGAGCGUCCCGGCCUCCGAAGUGGCCCUGGAUGCCCCCUGGAGCGUUGUGCUCCAGUCAAACUCAGGUAUGGAGGGCUCAACGGAGUCAACGGUUCCCAGGUUGAACCCUGCUCACAUGGGCCAGCAGACCAACAACAGGAGCAGGAACCUCGGUGGUCAGCUGGGGACAGAGGAGAGUCAGGGGGCUCAGCUGUCCUACAGAAAGCCCACAGAGAGGACGAAGACCAUCCCCACCACCACAAACCUCCUAGCUGCAACUUCAAGCACUAUGACUGCUCUAGUAGGGCCCUCCAUCAAGGUGGACCCAGGGAAGCAUGAGCCUCAGCCUCCACCGCUGAACAGAGAGGUGCAGAAGCCAAUGAAAAGAGACACUAGGAGCCCCCAGCCUGGUCUGGGCAACAGCUCCUGGGUGGCAUCUACCAAGCAGGAGAUGCAUCACAACAGCACUCCUGCACCAGUGCAGCCCUCCUCCGACAAGCACUCUGCAGGGCACCUUCAGACCAAUGAGAUAAACCGCAGAACCACCACUGAGCUCCUCUCUGCCUGGCAGGGCGGGGCGUCUCAUCAGCGGACAACAUCGCUGGACGCAUCAGACACCGAAGCUCUGGACACUUACGGGGAAAAUGUGGAAGCUGAUGAAACACAGAGGAGAGGACGGAAGCAGGACAAGGGAAACAAAGGAGGGGGGAGCAAGAAACGUUCUGUAAAAAGACUCAGGAGUGGUUCUGUGGAAAGGCAUAAGCGAGAUUCCUUAAUGAGACACAGGAGCGGUUCUGGAGAGAAACACAGGAGCAGUUCUGUAGAAAGGCUCAGAAGCGGUGCUGUAGAGAGAGGUGAAAGAGGUUCCGAACUGCGACGAUGGGCCAGUUUUGUAGAGAAACGUAGGAGGAGUUCUGUAGAGAAGCUCAGGAGUGGUUCUGUACAGAGAAACAGCAGUUCUGUGGAGAGACCUAAAAGAGGUUCUGUAGAGGGACGCAAAAGAGGUUUUGUCAAGGAACGUAGGAGAGGUUCCAUACUGAGGCACAGGAGCAGUUCUGUAGAGAAGCACAGGACCGGUUCUGAGAAACAGAGGAGUCAUUCGGUACAGAGACAGGGUGGUGGUUCUGUAGAGAGACAUAAGAGAGGUUCUGCUGAGAGACACAGGAGUGGGUCUGUAGAGAAAUGGAAGCAGGAGGUCAAGAAGGAGAAGCCCCACAAAGAUCACAAAGAUCCAGCUUCCCAGGGGCCCGAUGGGACCAAAAAGCUGAAAAGAAGGAAAGCAAAAGGGGAAAAGGUCCAGAAAAGUGGCACAACGGUGAGCAAGAGAAAGAAGAAGAAGGUCAAAGGUCAGGCAGAGUUUGUCGUCGGAAAACCGCGCGAGACGACGACGGACAGGACGCCAGAGAGCAGGAAGGAUGAUACCAGGAAGAUGAAAGUGUCCAACACCUCUGAGGGAACAGCAGAAGACAAGCAGCUGGAUUCAGAGGACAGAGGUGACAGCAGACUGACAGGAGACGACAUGGACCACGAGGACUCUGCGAGAGACGAAGAGGAGGAUUGGGAGCUCAGCUACAUGUCACACAGCUCAGUGGGCGGAGCUUCCUCAAGCGGGCAGGGCACAGACAGACCAGUCCAACGAGAGGACGCAAUCCCACAUCAGGAACAGGUUCCGCCCCAUGGACAAGUCCGCUUACCUGUUCUUGCCACGGCAACCAAAGCCCAAAGGCCAGAUGUCAAUCCUGAAGCUAGCAGUAACAUGGACAGCCAGAACAAAAAGGUCCUGCUGUGCAGGGAACAGCAGGCGGCGGAGCUUGCCGAGCGGGCCGAACGCCGCAGGCGGGAGGUGGAAAGGAAGAGACAGGAACGGGAGGAGGAGAGGAGGAGGCAGCAGGAGCGGGAGGAGACAGAGGAGCGCAUGAGGCUGGAGCUUCAGAUGGAGCAGCAACGGCGUGCUGAGGAGCUCAGGCUGAAAAAGCUGAAGGAGCAGGAGGAGCGACGGAGACAGGCAGAGCAAGAGCUGGAGAGGAUGAAGAGGGAGCAGGCAGAGAAAGAAGCAGAAAGGAGGAGGCAGGAAGAGAAGCGGCGGCAGAUGCAGCACCUUAUGAAGCUCAGGCAGGAGGAGCAGGAGCGCAGGGCAGCCGAGUUGGAGCGCCAGCAUCUGGAGGAAGAAGCCCGAGAAGCGGAGGAGAAGAAGCGGCUCCAGGAGAUGGAGGAAAGUGAGCUGAGCGAGUACCUGCGCAGACAACAGGAGGCAGAAGAAGAAAAGAGGAGAGUGGAGGCCGAGAAGAGGAGGAUUGAAGAAGAGGAGACACGCAGGGCUGUAGAGGCAGCCAGGCUGCAAGCAGAGAUAUUUGCCAGACAGCGUGUCAUCCUGGAGCAGAAGCUGCAGUUUCAGCGGGGUUUGCAAGCGGAGGCCGAGGCACUGGGGUUGACACAGGACAUCUCCCGUCCAUGGGUCUACUCCUACUUCAGCCUCCUAAACAUGCUCGGCCUGCCAGCGUCUCCUACGCAUCCGGAGGACCUGGCGAAGGACAGCAGGGAAUGAAAGGCCUCGUCAUCAUUUCAUCAGGUGUCCUACUCAAGAACAGUAAAGUUGUCAGCGUUUGUCCUGAACGAUGACCAGAGUUUAACAUGACUGAAGAAACCAACAAGAAAGUUCUGCACAUUAGCGUCACAUAGGUGCUUAUCCAGAUUUGGCAACUUUAAAUAUGCAAUCACAACCACAUAAGCUUAACAUCUUCUACAAAACAUAUUUCAAGAAUUACAUACUUAUAUACAGACACAGCACUGA